AUCUUGACACACCUACAUGCAUGCCGCAAAUGUGCAUAACAUAUAAAACAUAGUUAUUUAUUUUUACCGACACAGCAGGCAAUGUAAACAUGUCGUUUUUAGGUAGGAUUGCAGAGAAAACUUCAAGGCUCAGUUGCCUUCGAUUGAUGUCGGUGUAUCCCACACACUACGUCGAACCAAUUGUACAAAAAGAUAAACAACAAGACCAAAAGAAUGAUCUGUCCAAGCUUUACCAUGUGCCCAUCAAGGCGGCGGUCAACAAGUCGUCUGAUACCAUCUUCCACGACGAUACAAAGCAUAAAAUGAUCAAUUAUAUAACGAAAAAGGGGAACAGUGCCUUGGCCAGAACACUUUUGUCUAAGACACUGGAGCUAAUAAAACGCACCCAGACGGAGCACAUGAAUCUGGCCAAAGGGGAGAAGACAACCAUAAACACCAAUCCCGAAACGCUUCUAAAACAAGCUGUUGAAAACUGCCGACCACUCCUCCAAGUCACCGCCAUAAAACGUGGUGGUGUCACCUACCAAGUCCCUGUUCCCAUCACCACGAAGCGGUCAUACUUUCUGGCCAUGAAGUGGCUCUUGGAAGCUGCCCGCGAGAAGGAGCGUAAGGUGUCCCUGCCGGAAAAGCUGGCCUGGGAGAUUCUCGACGCAGCCCAUGGCCAGGGAAGAGUCAUCAAGCGAAAGGACGAUCUGCACAGGCAGUGCGAAAGCAACCGCGCCUACGCACAUUACCGAUGGAGCUAAAUGUACAACGAGCUGUUUUUCCAAUGAAAUAAACUUUUCAUAUUUCUGUUUAAUA